UUGUUUUAUGGGUUUAUUUAUCUUAACCAAAAGGGUUCUUCUCCUUUCCCCAUUUUACUGGAUUUUCAUUCUGAGCGGUUCGGUGGGAGGGUGGAAAUAGGACUUUCUUCACAUGGGGUCCUCCUAAUUGUGAGGCGCGUGUAAAAUUUUGAGCUUAGAGGACGAAAUUUGGCAAUAUUCUGGGGUGAAAACGGACAAAGGCCAUGAGCCAGCGAGCCAGAGAAGUCAAAGUAACGCACAAAAGUUCGUAAUGGCGUGUAUUGUAAGAGAUCAAAAGUCUUUUGGCUUUUUUUUGCCUUAUCUUUGACGAGAAUCAUAUGUUAUUAUUACUACAUUGGCGUCCUUCAACGCGUGCCUAUCCCGAUACUUUCAUAUAAAAGAAGUCUUUCUUUUUCCCCCAAAAUCGAGUUUGGGUUGGUGGGUCUUGGGGGAAAAGGGCUACUAAUCAUCUAUUUUUUAAUUUGUUUGAGUUUCUAUUAAAGUUUCAGAAUCUGGGUUCUUUUAGGGGUUCGAGAUCGGUGAGUAAAGUAGUGUAACUUUUAAGUUGAGUCUUUUUUGGGGGAUUGAAGCUGUUGGGAUUGGUGUGGUAAGGAGGAUUGGGAAAUGGGUUCCUAUGGAAGACUUGCGAGAAGGGCAUUGGAGACCGAGAUGCCUAUCAUGGUUAAGAUUCAAGAAAUAGUCAGGGGAAGUAAAAAUGUUUUGUCACUUGCCCAGGGAGUGGUAUAUUGGCAACCUCCCCAACAGGCACUGAAGAAGGCUGCAGAGCUUGUUUGGGAGCCUUCAGUCAGUCGCUAUGGGGCUGAUGAAGGUAUCCCGGAGCUGAGAGAGGCGCUGAAAAGAAAGUUGAAUGAGGAAAAUAAACUGUACAAGUCCUCUGUGAUGGUUACAGCCGGCGCAAAUCAGGCAUUCGUGAAUCUCGUUCUUACAUUGUGUGAUGCUGGGGAUUCUGUGGUUAUGUUUGCUCCAUAUUACUUCAAUGCCUACAUGUCUUUUCAAAUGACUGGUGUCACAAAUAUAUUGGUAGGUCCUGGUGACCCGAAAACACUUCAUCCGGACCCAGAUUGGUUAGAGAAAACACUGUCUGAAGUGAAACCGACCCCUAAACUCGUCACUGUCGUUAAUCCUGGGAAUCCAUCUGGUACCUAUAUUCCACAACCUCUUCUCAAGAGAUUAGCAUCUAUUUGCCAACAGGCUGGAUCUUGGCUUGUUGUGGAUAAUACCUAUGAGUACUUCAUGUUUGAUGGCUUAAAACACUGUUGUGUGGAAGGGAAUCAUAUUGUCAAUAUAUUCUCCUUUUCAAAAGCUUAUGGAAUGAUGGGAUGGAGAAUUGGAUAUAUAGCAUACCCUACAGAAGUUGAAGGCUUUGCAGACCAACUUCUAAAAGUUCAAGAUAACAUUCCCAUUUGUGCUUCUAUAUUAUCACAACACCUUGCUCUUAACUCUCUGAAGCUAGGCCCAGAGUGGGUCACAGAGCAAGUAAAAGACCUUGUCAAGUGUAGAGAUAUCAUUCUACAAGCACUCUCCCCUCUUGGACAAGAUGCUGUAAAAGGAGGGGAGGGUGCCAUAUACCUAUGGGCUAAGCUCCCCGACGAGUUCGUUGACGAUCAUCAAGUCGUUCUUUGGCUCGCUCGUCGACACGGGAUAGUCGUGAUCCCUGGAUCUGCGUGUGGAUCACCAGGGAAUGUCAGGAUCUCGUUCGGAGGUCUGGUGGAGGACGAUUGUCGAGCUGCUGCAGAGAGGUUGAGGAAAGGUUUGGAAGAGUUGUGCAGUGCUGGAAUGGUACAGUGAUGAGAUUUAUGAAAAAGUUGAUUAGAGAUUCAACUUGUUGCAUUUGAAUAAAAGCUUCAGUCUUUCCCGCCCUUUUGGCUUAAAAAAAAGGUUAGAAUUGUGUAAUAAUAUUUAUUGAGAUGUGACCCAAAACAUCAAUCACAUUCUCACGACUCUUUUGUUUAUAUAAAUUUGUCUUCUCUCCUUUACUUUCCAU